UACUCAUAAUUCAUAAAGAAAUUAAUUUCUCAUAAAUUGUAAUUUUCUAUGCGAGGAAGUAUUUCUUUCUUGUGCAUUUUCCAACUCGGAAUUGAGUAGUGACACCAAAAUCUGCACAAAGAAAACUCAACCCCUCGGCCUCUUCCUCAGUUGAAUUCUGUACUAUACAUUGCAAACGUAAGAUUUCGAAGCUAUAACACCAGAAUCAAAAUCAAGCGUUGAACCUCAUCAAAACCUCAGAAGAGAGAACACAGAAAAAAGAGACAGAUAUGCUGCAAUGCAUUUACAUCUUAUCAGAUUCCGGGGAGGUUAUGCUGGAGAAACAGCUGACUGGGCACCGAGUUGAUCGAUCUAUAUGUGAUUGGUUUUGGGAUCAAGUCAAUUCUGAAGGUGAUUCUUCCAAGCUUCCACCAGUAAUUGCUUCACCAACACAUUAUAUUUUCCACAUUGCUCGUGAUGGGAUCAUAUUCUUAGCUUGUUCACAAGUUGAAAUGCCUCCUUUGAUGGCAAUUGAGUUCCUUUGCAGAGCAGCUGAUGUACUUUCUGACUAUCUUGGAGGAAUGAAUGAAGACAUAAUCAAAGACAACUUUGUUAUUGUAUAUGAGCUUCUUGAUGAGAUGAUCGAUAAUGGCUUUCCUCUGACAACAGAGCCUAACAUCCUGAGAGAGAUGAUAGCCCCCCCAAAUAUUGUUAGCAAAGUAUUGAGUGUUGUAACUGGUAGUAGUUCCAAUAUGAGCAGCACUCUCCCAGGCGCAACAGCAUCAUGUGUGCCAUGGAGGACAACAGAACUUAAGCAUUCAAGCAAUGAAGUGUACGUGGAUCUUGUUGAAGAAGUGGAUGCUAUAAUAAACAGGGAUGGAGUUCUUGUUAAGUGUGAAGUUUAUGGUGAAGUUCAAGUCACUUGCCAUCUUUCAGGUGUCCCUGACUUAACAUUGUCAUUUGCCAAUCCUGCUAUCCUAAAUGAUGUGAGGUUUCAUCCUUGUGUCCGUUUUCGACCAUGGGAGUCACAUCAAAUUUUGUCAUUUGUGCCACCUGAUGGACAAUUCAAGCUUAUGAGUUACAGGGUUAAAAAGUUGAAGAACACCCCUAUAUAUGUCAAACCACAGUUUUCUUCAGAUUCUGGUGCAUGUCGUGUCAGUGUAAUGGUUGGAAUACGACAUGAUCCUGGAAAGAUAAUUGAUUCUAUAACAGUGCGGUUUCAAUUGCCGACCUGUGUUUUAUCUUCUGAUCUGACCACGAAUCAUGGAACAGUGGACAUCCUUGCUAACAAGAUCUGUUCUUGGUCCAUUGACAGAAUACCAAAGGACAAAGCCCCUUCUUUGACAGGAACAUUAGUGCUCGAAGCAGGCUUUGAGAGGCUUCACGUGUUUCCUACAUUUCAAGCGGAAUUCCGUAUUAUGGGGGUUGCUCUUUCAGGACUGAAAAUGGAUAAACUCGAAGUGAAGAAUGUAGCAAAUCGCCCUUACAAGGGUUUCAGAGCUCUAACUCGGGCAGGGGAGUAUGAAGUGAGGUCGUAAAGUUGGAAGUUCCAAAACUAACCUGUUGGUUGUUUGCAAUGGGGGCCUUAGGCAAAUACAUAAGGCACCUGCCAUUUCAAAGCUUUGCAGUAAUGGAGGAGUUUCCUUGCAUUUCAUUCAUCUAUCCGUAAUUUGGUGCAAGGAAUUGCAUAUUGUCAGUUCAUCAAUUUGUGUGAGCUAGCUUGAGAGCUUCCGAAGUGUGCUAGAGUAGUUUAUUAUUGUACUCCAAUUUAUGUGAACUCAUAUGGUGUUUGAAACAGUUUGUACAUUUCAAAAGGAGAGAGAUUCUAAAUGGAAUAAAAAAUUAAGUUUUUGGGAUA